AUGGCAUCUCAGAUCGAAGAACUAAAAUCUAAAGCCAAUGCUGCUUUUUCGGCUGGUGAAAAUGAUAAAGCAAUUAAUUUAUAUACUCAAGCAAUAGCUCUCGACGAGAAAAAUGAUGAACUUUACAGUAAUCGUUCAGCUGCUUAUGCUAAAUUAAAUAAAUAUGAAUAUGCAUUGAAAGAUGCCGAAAAAUGUAUUGCACUCAAACCUGAUUUUGUUCAAGGAUAUUCAAGAAAGGAAGCUGCAUUAUUAUUUCUGAAUCAAUACUACGACCCAGCACGUGUUUAUAAAGCGGGUCUUAAAAUCGAUUCAAACAAUGAACAAUUACUUAGUGAUCUAGAAAAAGUACGAAAAUAUGCAAAUAAUAAACCAAUAGCUGAUGAAAUAGGUUUCUUCUCUGAUCCACAAUUCAUACAACAACUUGUUACAAAUCCGAAAGCUCAACAAAUUCUACAAGAUCUUGAGACAGCUAGACUUAUGAAACUAUUACAAGAUUAA